AUCAUGUUGCUCCUUCCAACUCCAACGAAAAUAGUAGGAACCUCCAGCAGAGACUCUAUUAGACAGGAUGUCAACAAUCCACUGAGAAAUUUUGCUCCUUAAUAUGACUUGCUACACCAGCUCCAGGUGGGCUGACAGUCUUUCGCGGGACCAAACUACCCGGCGUCAUCACAAGUGUGACGGAAGCCUCAUGAGUAGGGUGCAAUUUCAGCCCGCUCUCAGUUCUGAAACCUACUAGCAAGCAAGGAAGGCUUCCUUUCACAAUCUCAUUUCAACAAUAUAACGAUAUUUCUCUUCAAGUCACGAUGGUUCUGGGGGUUUUGAGAGGUUUGCAGAGUUGGUUCCGGCCUGCGAUAGAGGCACUAACAAUAUUGAACCUACCAUGGGAAUACCGUUGGCGACUGCUUGCCUUCCAGCCCCUGACUCUCAUAGCAUACUCUAUCAUCUCACUGCCUUGGGCCUUCUCGCGUCCCUGGAAGGUGGAAUGGCUGAAGAUAGCUCCCGGGCGUACGCUCCGUGUGUUGGUCUUCGAUGACCCAUCCCAACGCCCCGCGAACCAAGGGAGGUUUCGCCCGCUGCACCUUUAUAUACAUCAGGGUGCUUUCAUCGGUGGCGUUCCCGAAGAUGGUGCGUUGUUCUGUGUAAAAUUGGCAAAGGAAACUGGCGCCGUGGUCAUUUCGACAUCAUAUCGCUACGCUCCUGCACACCACUUCCCAGCCGCCAUUGACGAUAUCGAUGUUGUCGUCAAGUAUAUCCAGAUGCAUGCAAGAGAGAGAUGGGGUGCCGACCCUGAGCUCAUGACGACUAGUGGUGCUUCCGCUGGUGGCAACCUGGCACUUGCUCUUUCGCAACAACCGAGCUGUCAUCCGCCCGCUAAGACGGCUAUUAAAGGCACCGUGACGUUUUAUGGCGCAAUAGAUCUCAGACUACCACCCCAGGAUAAGCCCAAACCAGCAACUCUCCCAAAGAAGGACCCCUUCCAGUUCCUAUUGCCGCUAUAUGAUUCAUAUGCAGCACCGGUACGGGCAGAAAACAUGGAAAAUCCGCGAAUGAGUCCCGCGAUAGCAUCAGCUAACACUCUACCGGCGAACAUGUUGCUCGUCGUUGCUGGCAUCGACAUCCUAGUCCACGAAAACCUCACAUUCGUGGAACGGAUCAAAGGAGAAAUUGCCCGAGAUCCGAAACAUGCGGGGCGACGAGUUGAAGCCCUGUACAUCGAGAACGCAUUUCAUGGAUACCUAAGCUUGCCUGCAUCGGUUACUUCCCAGGCAUUGAAGGACAUGGCAUUCAAUGGAGGCAUUGAUUUCAUCAAGGAUGUGCAUAGAAAGUUUGGCUGGAGUGAUAACUGAUAUCCAGAUAUGUCAGCUAUUUGCCAGCAUCCUAGUUAGUGUAGACGUGGCUGACUCCCCCUUGAAUAUUUUACCCUGUCAGC